ACGCGUAGCUCCAGUGGCUCUUUGAUGCAGCAGCCGGCACCAAGCAGCAAAGGAAGGCAAGACAACCAGGUCGUCGACAGUAGUACUGAAGGCUUCCGCUAGUCGAGCCGGCCGGCGUCACUUCCCUCUUUCCCACUGGAGCGUGCGGAGGUGCGAGCCUCCUCCUUGGUGAUUCCUCCUCGCACCAUCAUAUCCCGCGCGGGUCACCUCAGCGUUCACGCAACCGCCGGCAUUUUCCUUCCCCGAAGAUGAUACCUGGAAAACGCACAACCGCAGCCAUGCCCGCCCCGGUGGUGGCGAUAUUUGGAGCCCUAAUGCUGCGCACCGUCUCCUCGCAAAACGAGCCAUCUAUUGCUGCUUCUGAGCACACUUCCCUUCCCGUGGAAGGCCACAGUCUCCCUUUCACUCUGCAGUGCAACCUGACCAGCAGCGACAAUACCCUCCUGGAAAGCUACUGGAUGAAAAAUGGGGAGGAGAUCCCAGAAACACGCAGUCCAAAUAGGAACACCGAAUACAAGCUGAAUAAACCGAGAGGAGAUGAUGCUGGCGUGUACAUGUGUGUCUUCACCUUUGGAAUGUCUCCUGCUGCCAACACCACCAUUGAAGUUAAAGCUGCUCCUGAGAUUACGGGCCACAAGCGUAGCGAGAAUAAGAAUGAAGGCCAGCGUGCUUUGCUCUACUGUAAGUCUGUGGGCUUCCCUCAUCCCGUCUGGACCUGGCGCAAGCUUGAGAACGGCAUAUAUAGGGAAAUUGACAACUCAUCCGGACGCUUCUCCAUCAGCAGCAAAGACAAUUACACUGAGCUCAGCAUCACCGAUCUGGACAUUAAUUUGGACCCGGGCGAGUACCAGUGUAACGCCACCAAUUUGAUUGGCAGCAGUGACGAGAGGUCUGUGCUUCGAGUCCGCAGCCAUUUGGCCCCAUUAUGGCCUCUUUUGGGGGUGUUGGCUGAGAUCAUCAUCCUGAUCGUCAUCAUCGUUGUUUAUGAGAAGCGUAAGAAGCCUGAGGAUUUACAAGACGAUGAUGACCCAGUUGGCCCAGUGAAAACCAAUUCAACCAACAACCACAAAGACAAAAACCUGCGCCAGAGGAAUACAAAUUGAGCUGCCUGUCUGCAGAGUUACAUUACACAUUUAUUGACCACAUGAAGGUAAACAACAAUGGAAUCAACGCCAGUUGUUCAUAGAAUUGAUCUGCUAUUUAAAGUGUGGUUGUAGGGGAGUUGAAUGAGGCAUGCAUUAUAGGUAUAUGAUUUGAUUGUGUGCGGUGCGAGAUGCUCAUUUUCAUUCAUAUCAUUACAGGAUUGUUAAUAUAACCAUUGUUACUGCAUGCAAACAGUGACGUGUGUGAUUUAGUUGCCCUCGCCCUCUAAUUCGCUUCUUUUACACUUUUACUACUUCAAAUAAUUGCAUGCAAGAUGUUGACCCUCUUUUUGAGACAGGACUUUGUUGUGUUUUUUUUUUUUUUUUUUUCCUCUAAGAGUGGCUUCAUGUAGAUAAUCUCUUCUGUACGUUUCUAAAGAGAAAAACACCACAUUUCAGCGGUGUAGAAAAUGGCGCCAUCAUCAGAUAUGGCAGUUUUUGUACGGUGUCAUCAUGCAGCUGCAUAUCAUUACCUAAGAUUCAUCAGAAUAUGAAUAUUACAUUUCAAGGGCUUUGGAAUGUCCCUCUAAAGGUUAUGUAUGGUUGUACUGUAUGUAUCAAUUCACUAUAGCUAUGUACUGAUAUAAAUUGUAUGAUGCACUUAAAUGUUGACAAUAACAGGAAACUGUAUAAACCUUUAUGAAAUCUGUAACAAUCAUUCUAACAUUGUUUUGUCAUGACAGUGUGUAUUGUACAGCAUGGCUUUUCUCCUAUGCAACUAAUAUCCAUAUCAAUAUAUUGACAAAACAUAGCAGCUUUUGAUUAUAAUUUAUUUUUUUUUGUCUGUGACAAAGCUUUAAACUAAGUUAGGAUCACCCAUAGAGCAUAGAAGUUAUAGUACACAGCUGCAUGGUUUCUGUACAGCGGACGGGUUUGAACAGCCUGCGACACAAAAUGUCGAGUCAUUUUUAAGAAUAAACAUUUGAAAAAUACAAAUAAAAAAAAAAUAAAACCC